AUGUCUGCAAACAUCCUCAUCGUUGGCGCCGGCGCCAUUGGAGCGUUUUAUGCCUCUCGUCUUGCCGUUGUUUCUGGCGUCUCCGUCUCUGUCAUCUGCCGCUCAAACUACAAAGCUGUGAAGGCGGAUGGCUUCCAAGUCACCUCACCGCAAUACGGCGACUACACCUUCGUACCGGCAAACACGUUCGCGAACCCAGACGAAGCGCGAAAGAGCGAUAUAAGAUGGGACUACAUAGUCGUCAGCACCAAGGCGCUGCCGGACGUCAGCGAUGACUCGACGAUACUUGAAGGAUUGGUUAGCGAUGAGACGGCCAUUGUGCUGAUACAAAACGGUCUGGGUGUAGAGGAGCCAUAUGCGAAGCGAUUUCCACAAGCAGCGAUAUGUUCAGCCGUUACGAUAGCGACGUGCGCACAGCCCGAGCAUGGCCACAUCAAGCACAACAGAUGGACGCGGAUAAACAGCGGACCAUACCUACCCCAUCUAGAUACUGGGAACAAGAAAGAUACCGACGCACGCGUCACGGAACAGAACGACGCGUUCAUCGCUCUACUGAAGGAGGGCGGUAUCAAGGAUGCAGAAGCUUAUUCUCAUGCCAAACUGCAACUAGUCCGAUGGCACAAGAUCGCCAUCAAUGCCUCAAUGAACCCAACUUCCGUCCUCACCCAAUGCCUGCCCAACAACGUCAUGUCUCUUGACCCGGAACUGCAGCGUCAUCUCAAAGGCGUCAUGGUAGAGAUCCUUGAGACCGCUCCCAAGAUCCUCGGCGAACCCAUGCCCAAGGAGUUUGCUACCCCAGAUCAGAUUAUUCGGUCAACACAGAAGAACACUAGUGGUAGCAAGCCGAGUAUGGCGAUUGACUGGGAAGCGGGCAAGAAAAUGGAGAUUGAGGUCAUACUGGGCAAUCCAUUGAGGAUCGCCAGGGACAGGGGAUACGAGAUGCCGCGCUUGCAGAGUUUGUAUGCGAUGGUCAGGAUGGCGCAAGAGGCCAGAGAUCAGAAGAAAGGUGUCAAGCUAUGA